AUGGAUAUGGAAGAGCUCAUUCACCAGACAGAGGCUCUUUCUUGGGAAGGUUUAAAUUUAUCUCCUGAAAAGGAACCAUCUUAUGAUAACCUUGAACUAACUCUUAUUGGUAAGAUAGUGGCGCCACGUCCUCUUAACAGAAUUUCUCUGCAUGCCUCUUUCCGAGCAGCAUGGAGUUUCAUCAGUAAGUUUCAUAUUGAAGAUUUGGAUGUAAACUUGUUCCUUUUUACAUUCCAAAAUGACAGAGAUAAGAGCAGGAUUCUGAAUCAAGCUCCGUGGAACUUUAAAGGUCAUCUCCUUAUCCUCAAAAACUGUCUUGCAGAUUCUACAUGGAAAGAGAUUAGUCUUAACACCUCACCAUUUCAUGUUCAAAUCCACGGUCUCACACGAAAUCAUAUGACAGAAAAGAUUGCUUUUAAAAUAGGGAAUGCUCUGGGAAAUUUCCUCGCUGUGGAUAUUGAUCCCUUUUUUGGAUUAGCUUGUAAGAAGUUCAUCAGAAUUAAGGUGGAGAUUGAUAUAUCUAAACCUCUGAAACAAGGGCUAUGGGAACCAAGAGAUUACCAUCCUGACACUUGGGUUUCGUUUAAAUACGAACGUUUAUCAGACUUUUGUUACGCAUGUGGAAGGAUUGGACAUUCUUAG